AUGUCUACGAAUCCGGCCGACGAGGUUGCCGCGAGGAAACGACGAGAGCGCGAGAAGAAUCCCAUCCACAUCGACCAACUGGACGCAAAUAUUGUGGCUGCGCUACCGAAGGAUAUGGACAUACUAUUGAUUAAACAGUCCGGUGAAAGCGCUUGGUGUGAGAGCUUCCGCAUCGAUACGAAGCUGCGAGACGGUUCGGAGGGACAGUAUUUCACCAAGAUCGGCGAGUUAGGAAAGCGGAUGAUGAAAGGUACCUACGAAUCUGAGCGACUUUACCACAGUUACUGCCCCGAGCAUGUUCCGACACCGAUAACGUGGGGAGCAUAUAAAGACAAUCCGGACACAUGGUUCUACAUCUGCGACUUCCACGACAUGGUGAUGGAGAAACUUGAUCCAAGAGCUUUUGUCGGCAUCAUAGCUGAGGUGCACAAAGCAAGUAUGGAAAAAUCACCGCUUGGUAAAUACGGAUUUCACGUUCCGACUCAUCUUGCUCACGUACCGAACAACAACACAUGGGAAGACUCGUGGGAGAUCUGGUACACCAAAGCCAUGCAGACUAUGUAUGAUCUAGAGAAGAGCAAAUACGGAGUAGACGAAGAGUUGGAAGUCAUCUUCGAAGCUUUCCGUUCAAAAGUCAUACCUAGGUUACUCCGCCCCUUGGAAACCGGCGGUCGCUCGAUUGAACCAUGCCUCUUGCAUUCGGAUCUCUGGCCUGGAAACUGUAUGCUGGAGAAAGACACCGGCAAGAUCAUCAUCUUCGACUCGUGUGCUUUCUGGGGUCAUAACGAGUGUGACUUGGGUAGCUGGCGUGCGCCGCGGUACAAUAUGGGCGAGGAAUUUUUUACAUGUUACAAGGAUAUCGUUGAGCCUUCGCAGCCGAAGGAGGACUGGGACGAUCGCAACAGGCUUUACGCCAUAGCCAAGGAUGAGAUGAGAAUACUCGUCAAGAAGUUCCCUGGCGGUUUUGAAGACUGGCAAGCCCGACAAGCGUCUGCAUAA